UAAAUAAAUAUACAGCGCACCCAAAAUUCUCUCCGCCAAAACCCAUCAAAGUCAUCCUUGUUCGUCUUUUCAAGCUCUCUUUCUGAAUUCUUUUUCUUCUUUCUUUUGAAAUUUUGGUUUUCUUUUUGCUUUUUUUUCCCCUCAAAGAGGGUUUUCAAUGGAGAUAGAGCAGAAACAAGCCCAAAUGAUCGAGCACUUUGUGAAGCAAGCCUCUAGUCUGCAAGGGUCUUCUCUCGUCAGCCUCAUAGUCCAAGUCACUUCUCAUUCUUCUCUCUUCGCUUUCUCUGAGAUUUUGGCUGUCCCCAGUGUGCUCGAGCUUCAAGGAACUGAUUAUGCUGUAUACAUUGAUCUGCUUCGUCUCUUUGCUCAUGGUACAUGGAGCGACUACAAGAGUAAUGCUAGCCUUCUUCCACCACUAACCCCAGAUCAAAUCACCAAGCUGAAGCAACUUACUGUGCUCUCUCUAGCUGAGAUAAACAAGGUUUUAUCCUAUGAUCAACUUCUUGAGCAGCUUGAUCUUUCAAAUGUGCGCGAACUUGAAGACUUUCUUAUCAACGAAUGCAUGUAUGCGGGCAUAGUCAAAGGGAAGCUGGAUCAUUUGAGAAGAUCUUUUGAGGUUCAAUUUGCAGCUGGCAGGGAUUUGAGGCCUGGACAACUAGGGAAUAUAAUACAGACUUUAGAUGAUUGGUUAAACACUACAGACAAUGUGCUUCUCACAAUUGAAGAGAAGAUCAAAUGGGCAGAUAAAAAGUGUGCGUUGAAUACAAUACACCAAAAGCAAAAGGCAGUCAAGGACAAGGUGGAAGAAGUAAAGAAGUCUCUUUUUAACAGGGGUGGGCGUGACUUCCAAGCACUCGAUGACGUCCUGUUUGGUGAAACAGCUGGGUUAAUGGACUAUGAAGAAGAUCGCACCCGAACCAAGAGGAGAAGGUCGCCAAUAUAUUGAGAAGUGCAGGGAGGGUGGAUCCGUUUGAUGUCUUUUAAAUGACGUUCUGGUUAAUUUUUUUCAGGGCAUAUUGCAAUCAUAAGAUAUAACUCCUGAUUGAGCUUAAUCUUAGUCAUUGUUUCAAUUGAACCAUGGAGAAGAAAUCAAACGUUUCCGUGUUUUGUUGCUCAAAGGUGGUGCUAUUGCAAGAAAACUGACCCCAGACAUUUCGAAGCUUGACGUGUAUUAAAGCUUUAUACCAUAUAACUGAAGUAUCUCAAAUUAGUAAUGUUGUAUCCACCUUCAUAGGGUUGUGAUUUUGGUUUUCAGAUUGGUAUUUUCAUAUAACAUUUAAGGGGUCAUCGGAAGAAUUUUCAAUCCCUCUUUACAUGAAAUGCUAUAUAUAAUAUGUUGCUCCUCUUGAAUGA